AUGAACAUUGCCAAAUUUCAUAUUCAGCUUAUUUCUUCAUAUUGGUAUUAUAAAAAGAUUGAUAUAUCUAAUGACCUUUUUUUGAAGGCAAACAAAUUUUAUAAUGAAAAAAAUUUAGUAGAAGAAACAGCUUCUUCUAUUACUUAUUUAUAUGUAUUUAGUUAUAAUAAUCAAGAUUUCUUUGAAGAAAGUCUUAUUAUGAAUCAGCAAAGAAAGAUUUAUGAAAAGUUGCAUAGAAUUUACAAAACAAAUUUCUGA